GACGAAGGUGGAGCAAAAGUGCUCUAACGUGCUAUCGGAACCAAAGUUCGUGGGAAACCAGCGCCUAAUCCGGGUUGACGUUAAGAACGGACAGGAAGUAGUCGAGAGAUUUCUUGAGAGAAUCCGGAAUGUACGCUUACAACUUCCGGCCAGCUCAGUCUAGUCCAUAUUGGGCGGGUCAGCUUCUAGACCCAGUAGCUUCAACUUCUAGUAGCUGAAGAUUUUGCUGACAACAUGGUGCUUCUCACCAUGAUUGCACGAGUGGCUGAUGGGCUUCCAUUGGCGGCUUCUAUGCAGGAGGACGAACAGUCUGGCAGAGACCUGCAACAGUACCAAAGCCAAGCCAAGCAAUUGUUCCGGAAGCUCAACGAACAAUCUCCUACCAGAUGCACCUUAGAAGCAGGUGUCAUGGCUUUUCAUUAUAUUAUUGAGAAAGGAGUGUGUUUCCUUGUAUUGUGUGAAGCUGCAUUCCCCAAAAAGCUGGCCUUUGCAUAUCUGGAAGAUUUGCACUCUGAAUUUGAUGAACAACAUGGAAAGAAGGUGCCAACGGUGUCAAGGCCCUAUUCUUUCAUUGAGUUUGAUACGUACAUCCAGAAAACCAAGAAACUGUAUAUUGACAGUCGUGCAAGAAGAAACCUUGGGUCCAUCAACACAGAGUUACAGGAUGUGCAGAGAAUCAUGGUAGCCAAUAUUGAGGAAGUCUUGCAGCGAGGCGAGGCCCUUUCAGCUUUGGAUUCCAAGGCCAACAACCUGUCCAGUUUGUCCAAGAAAUACCGUCAGGAUGCAAAGUAUCUGAAUAUGCGUUCCACCUAUGCGAAGCUUGCUGCUAUUGCUGUGUUUUUUAUCAUGUUGAUUGUCUAUGUGCGGUUCUGGUGGCUGUGAGUGGUUUUCAGAUACCAAAGGACAGCUGAUAGCAUGGGAGGUGUAUAGUUGCAAGAUGCCAAGAUAACAGGGAUGUAUGUUAGAAUCCCCAAAAGGAUGUCGUUCCUGCUGCUACUCUCCAGUGAAUCUUAAUAUCAAGACUUGCUGGCAAUGAAGGAUUUUUGUUCCAGCAGUUUCACAGUUGAGUGAUAGCCAAAUUCGUCCAUACUGCUAGCAAUGCUGAUUAUGGUGUUCUGAGUUGGCAUAGUUGAUCAGCCCUGUUCAGUGCUGCUGCCAGUAAUCCUAUCUCUCUUCGUUUUAAAUGAGCCGAACUCUCAUAGUAAAGGGACUCCAAUGAACAUUCCUGGUACUUAGUAACAUUUUCACAUUAGAAAUCUGGAUCUUGCUACUUGAACAGAGAUCCCUGUUUGAAGGGCGAGUCUUUAUGUAUAUAUUGUAUUGGUUUCAGUUUGUCUAGUCAGUGCUGAUUUUUCAUUGUCCAGUAUAUUGACUCAUUACAUCUCUUAAUUUAGUACAUAGAUGAAAUUCUGCCUUAAGAGUGCUCAGUGAAAUAUUGAUAACAGUCAUAGAAUUAAAUCAGUAGCAUAGUCCAUUUUCAGUCCACAGUUGUAACAUCAUUUGGGAGAAGCUGCUAAGUGUCAUCUAGCUAUUGCUUUUUCUCUCUCUCUCCCCAAAUGUUACCACUUUCUCUCUAUACCCAGGUUCUCAUAGUCUAGAACAGGGAUAGGCAAAGUAUGGCUCUCUAGAUGUUGCUGAACUACAAGCUCCAUUUGUAAUAGAUUGUUAAUGGGGGUGAUGGGAUUUUUAGUUCAGCAGCCUCUAGAGAGCCAUACAUUGCCUACCUGGUCUAGAAUAACACUGUCUGGAUCCCCCUGCUUUAAAAAGGAUGGAUGAGGGGCAGGUCUCUUCCCUGGAAGCUUAAGCAUCCUUGUCAGUUCCUGUUUUUCAAAUAUUUGUCCUAUGUAGCAAAAGAAACUGGCAUUCAAAGCUCUAUAUACUGUCUGUCUUUUUUUAAGGACUGUCAGCUCUUGAGCAGGUGCAAUCAGUUCUGCAAAUUUAAGAAUGUCUGAGAAGUCCUAGAGUGUAACCGUAGAAAAGGAGAAUACUAUCUCAUGUACACACAAAAGUAGCCACUAUUUACCUUACUGCCACCCUGAGGCAAGCAAGGUAAGAGGUGUAAGCUUUGUGGCUGCAAAUCUGUUCCUGACUUCUGUGUGCUACUUGACAACCUUUUGCUGGCAACUUGCUUCUAUAUUCCUGCCAACAGUAUCAAGUUGGACAUGCAACUAAUGUAGAUCUUGCAACUUGCACUGCUUCAAGGAAAGUGGCCACUAUUUUUUGAUUGGCAUCAAAUAAAUUGAUGUCAGUUGCUAUCUCUUAAGCAAGUUGUCUGUUGCAGCCGGUGUUAGCAGUGCAAUAAACAUGUUAAAGUGAAUUUUUACACUUCCCUAAAGCCAUACCGUUUUCUUGAGCCAUUAUCUAAAUUUUUACUUCCCUCAACAGACCAGUUGGGCCUCCAAAUGAUAGUGCUGUGGAUAUGUUCUUUAACUUACUAUCACUUUCUUUACUGAUAGAGAGAGAUGGGCUGGCUCCAUCUUGCUUGCUUUUUUGCUUUCACUUGCCUCCUAGCUUCUCCCAAAGGAGAUCAAUGCACAAACCAACAGAUAUUCAACAAAGCUCUGGAGUUGAAGAGCAAUCAAGGAUGAGCAAUUAUUUCUGUUCCCCACUCCCAGUACAGCAUAACAUAUUUAGGAUAGAGGCAUAUGAUGUAACAGCCUUGCUGAAGCUUAGCAAAUCUGCUUUGGUUAGUGACUCAAGGGGCCAUCUAUGAGUUUCAUCAUGGAAUAUAAACAUAUAGGAAGUCCUUGCUUAAGAUGCUGAGUUAAAAUGAGUAGCACUUCAGAUGUUGGUAAAUUAGCCACCUUGUUUAAAUUUUACAGCAUUCAGUGUGGGAAGAGAGGCUCAGCUAAAUGGAGCUGGUAUGUGGCCUAGAGGAGGUGGUGACAUCGUGACUUAGGUUCACAUAGGCAUCAAGACUGGCAGUUCUGGUGGCGGCUGCUGCUGCAUCUGAUGCUGUGGAGGGAUUGACUGACUUGUCCAUAUAAGAUGCUUCCCUCACCACUGUUGCUUGCACUCCUUCCACUCAGCUGCUGUGCUGCAAUGGCAAGAGGAAAAGAGCCCAGCCCCUAUGCUACAUCCUGCCCACAUUCUUCCCUGUCUGUUUACCAGGAUGAAGUGGAGGCGAGUAUCCAGUUGCUGCCUCUGUUUCCAUGCAAAAGUGAAAGAGCAACAGGAAGGGAGUGGCAAGAGUGAGCCACUUCUAAUCUCUACCAUCAACCUAUCUGCUGCACAUCUGUGACUGACAUAUUGUUUUCCAUGGGAAAUAGGUUCCAAGUUAAGAUGUUUUGCCAAGACACCAUUUUCAGGAGCCAGUUAUAAGUCUGAGGACAACCUGUAACUGCACAAGCAGUACUCUACCAGUUUAGAUUAGAUUAGAUUACCAGGUUAGAUGUAAGCACAGUCUUCUACCUUAAAACCAAGCCAUCUUCCUAAGCAACUAACUUACAGGCUUCACCUAUCCAAAUCUUGUGCUGAUCUGUGAGAAAUGUCUGAGGUACAGUAACUUGAAAACACCAUGAAACUGUAAUUUUAUGGGGUUUUCAAAUUACAGUAAUUUGACCCCCAUGAAACUGAUGUCCACAUGUUGGUGACCUAUUUUUAGCCAUGCAUAACUGGGCUACAAGGACUGCUAACUUGCUGAACCUGCAGCAGUUGUUUAAUAGCAGACCUUUACAUAUUUACUCCAGAACGUCCUGCUAUUAGUGUGUAGGGUGGAGAGUAAUGGAAAGUUCACUGUGGGGUGUGGGGGUGGGAAUAAUGAGAACUCUUUUACAAUGCAGUAAUAUUGGAAAGAUCAUUUUAAAAAUGGGGAGAAAGGAAGAGGUAUUUCUUUUUAAAACGUUGGGGGGUGGAUAAUGGAAAUCUACAUUUAAAAAUUGGGUGGAAAAUUGAGUCAUCUGUUUUAAAAAUAAUGGAAUGAUCCCUGUUAAAGAGAAGGGGAACAUCACCCCAGCACACACAUUGUGCUAAAAUUCUGAUACCCACAGCUUUUCAUGGAGUGGGAUAUGUUUGUAUAUUUUUUAAAAAGAUAAAUUUAAUAAUCUUUCACCUUUAAGCAGGAACCUGUUAUAUUGUUUUUUCCAUAGGGUUUUUAGGAGAGAAAUGCUGUUUGUGUAUGCCCAGAGGAUGUACAGCUUUUACAAUAUAGUACUGUACUUUGUGAUGUUCUGUGCUCCCUACAAUCUUAAGUGGUAACCUCUUUGAAGAGAAAUGUACUCUCUGUUUGCUCAGAGACUGUGCCUCUUCACAGCUUUCAAAAUGUACUCCCUUGUAGCAACAUUAAUGCUAUUGUGGGUAGGGUACUUAGAAUUAGGGCUGUACAUGAACCACAUUAUUAUCCUGCACCUGGUUAUUCUUACUUUGUAGUAACAAUGCAGAGAGUGAUCAAGAUGACAUCACGCCAGUCAUUAUUACUGGCUCGUCGCUUUGGGGGUGGAGCUUACCUUAAGCCAAAAGCCUGCUUAUGUGAUGAAAGCAGCUGCCUUCUGGUUACUGAGGCGGUUUCAUUUCAAUGUGUUAUUUCAAAAGGCCACCUUUCCCUCCAUUGUACUGGCCUAGAAUGCACCAGGGCAGGAAGCAACAACAUGAAAUGGCCAUGCCAGGGCACAACUUUUUUUCCCUUUUCUUUUUAAACCCCGGCAAUACACCAAGAAAAGGAUGCGUCAUGAUGUUGCUUCUUGUCCUGGUGCUGUAGAGCGGUACAGUGGAAGCAAAAGCUGUGUUUUGAAAUGCUACAGCUGCUUUCUUCGAAGAAGCUGGUGUUUUGCUUAAGGUAAGCCCCAUCCUCCAUUCCUAUUUGAUACCAUACGAGUAUGGUAUCGAAUCAGUAACCAAUAUCAGGAUUAUUCUCCAGAAUAGUUCCUGGAGGAAAAUGUUCUGAUAGGGUUUGUUGUGCCUCAGACCCAAUUUUCUGUUCAGUGUCGUGCACAGCCAUCCUUACAAUUCUUUCUUAAAGGUUGGCAUUGAUCCAGGAGUUGCAGCUUUCAGUUUAAACAGCAGAGACAAAGGGAUUGAGUUUCUCAGUGCCAAACUCACAAUGGUCCAUGCAGAGUCUAAGGAGAAAACAUAGCUGGUCCUUCAGGAGUAAAAUAAUCACAGGCCUCCAGGACUGGGGUAAUUUGUCCUGUGAAGCUAGUCCCCCAAAUUAGAUGCAGAUGGAGUACAGCCACUUCCUUUGCACAGCUCCACAGAAGUGUGUCCAAGCAAUAGCCUGACUUUACCUGCUGUCCUCAUCUCUGCUUUAGUGGCACUAGUAGAAUGCUGGGUCUGAAGGCAAGAGGCACAGCUUUCAGACACUUGGGCACACUUACAAUAAGUUUCUAUGGAAAAGGAAACAUUUUAGUAGCCAGAAAUGUACCCGCUAUUGUUGCACAUGCAGAAGAAUGUUUUUCUCACACAAAGGGGAAGGGGCUAUUUUCAUCAUAUCCCCUCUCUCCCUUCCUGCCCUGAUAACAUAUCCCUGAGGGUCCACCAAUCCUUAGGGACACAUUUUGGAAGGCAGCAGAGGGAAGUGAGUGAAAAUCGCCCCUUUCUCCUUGUGUGUGCAUAUCAUUUUUCUGCAUGCAGUAUGCCACCCAAUAUUUCUUCAGAUAUAGGGUUUCCAGUGGCAUGCUUGCCAAAGUUUCCCUGUUUCAAGAUCUACCAGUAAGAUGAAGCUGUUUCCUCCUCCAGAUUCUAUACCUUUUGACAUACUUUCUUUUAGUAUCCCCUCCCUCUGCCACAAUGUGGUCCUGUAUCAUAAAAGUCUAUCUCCUUACCUCUUGAAGGUUCUUAAUGCCUUUGAGAUAGUUAUAUGUAGAGUAUUACCAUAAGACUUGAGAGGAAUCCACCACAAACUUCUAACAUUUCAAAAAUCCAUUCAUCUUUGUUAAUUCUGAUUGCUGCACCUGUCAUUUUUGCCAUUGAAUAGGAUUCAGGUUACAGUCUGCAGUAUUCAUGCUGACAUACACCACAAUCUCUGCUUGGUUCCAGUAAUUAAAUGUGCUUCCAACAAUUUAAUUUCCCAAUAAACACGCUUCCAAAAGUUUAGCUUCCACAUAUAUUAAAAACAAAUCUUGAAUGUUUAAUACAUGAAAUAAGUUAGUGAUGGUUCAAACCACAAAGAAUUAUAUGGAAAAUGAGUAUUGCAUAUUGGGAAAUAUACCUGAAUAUAAAGGAUCCUGUUGAAUUCCACUGUAGUUAACUAAAAUUUCAAGUUAUUUUUAGCCUUGUAGCUUUUCCUUUUGAGAAAAAGACUGAUCCUUAAUAAGUGUUUGGUCUUUACUUGCAUGCUGCAGUUAGACUUUACAGUUUUGAAUGCUUAUAGGGAAGCGGAAGACUAAUGGGUGUGAACAAUAAUUAAUUCCAGCAGGGGGCUCUGAAAUACCAUUUUGUUUCUCAUAUUGUCUUUGGAAAGUCCAAAUCUAUCUGUUAAGCUACUCUGUUGCCUCCUGGCAGCCCAGCAACCUGCUUUCAAGGAUCAUAGUUGAUCCUCCCUUCCACACCUGAUGGGAGUAAGUGAUGGUUCAAAGGGGUGAUAUUGACCAUUUGUGGAGGAUAAUUGAAUACCUUCUCAGAAUGCUCGCAAAGGAGGCAAUGGCAUUGCUUCCUUUUUGAGGCAGAGGGAGCUAACUAAAUCCUUUGUGGGAGACUUUUUAUUUCAUUUUAAGCACUCUGUAUAUGCUCAGAACUAUUUGAUUGUUAUUAUUAAUUAGUUAUAUUUUCUUUCUUAAAAUUAUUCAUAUAUUUCACAGCAGGGGGAAAGUAUCUAGUAAAGUCUCUAGGGUGUACAGAAACACUAGAAAAAAUAGUAUAUGCAGGUCAAAAUGAAUGAAGAGGGUUGGGGAGUCUCCUUCCAUAUGACCAAAGCAAAGUGGACUUUCAGGAGAGGAUUGCAUGUUGACAAGGAAGAUGUCCUCUUCCUUGCCAUCCUUCUAAAGAAAAGGCUGGUAAGGCUCAAGCCUACAGAGGAGCAAUGGUAUCUACCUUGGAAUCCCUUCUCCUCACUUGUAAAUAUGUGCUUAUUGGCUCCAAGUGCUGAGUAGAAUUUUCUGUUAAUUUUAAUGAGCAGUUAUAAAAUCACAUACUGGACAAUGUCAAAAUAACGUCUAUUAAAUUCCCAUAUACUCUCUUCCCCAUCAUCACCCCAGUGAUGUAAACUUUAAAAACAAACAGAUAUGCUAAAUAAAUUCUCAUUAAAGAUUGAUAAUUGCUAAUAUGAGGUAAAUCUAAAUAUUUUUAGUUGUAAUAAAUUCAGAAGUAAUUAACAAAAACCAAUUAAAAAUAAGACAUUCCCACAAAAUGGAAAUGAACUGAAGUUUUUCUGAUUAAGACAUCACCCUGCCACAGCAGUUUAUCCUUUUUUGUUUUCCCCAUGCACCAAUUUUUCUCCCAUUGCUAGAUAAUUGUACAAGGCAUGUCUGGAUCAAGAAUGUGCUUUGCUCUUUCCAUUUUCUCAGAAUCAGAUGUUUAGCAAAUGCAGCAAGCCAUGCUAUCUUUAGAUAGGAACCAUAUGAUUGAUAAAUGUCCAGAAAUGAAGUGUUUAAAGUUGACAUCUAUCACAAUGUACCUCCUUCCAGAAUGAAUAAAUUUAUGUCAUCAUAGCAUAUGCACAAAAUGUGCAUCUUCAAUAUACUGAUGAAUAAUUUGGAUUUCUACUUGCUAAUUGCAGGCAUGUCUGUCCAAUAAACCCUGUGGGUAAAUUUUAAAUUUUGUUGCAGUUGUGAGCUUCUUAUUCCAAGCCUCUGUUUUCGAGAGGUUUCCAGCUCAUUUCACUCAUUAGAAAUUUAAAAUAGAGUAGAACUGGCUGAGGUAGCUUUGAGAUGCCCUUCAGCAGUAUGAAGUCUGAAAUUGUACAAGUGUCUGGCCCAAAUAUCACCAAUUGAUUGAUUAAGUGCCGUCAAGUCGGUGUCGACUCUUAGUGACCACAUAGAUAGAUUCUAUCCAGGAUGAUCUGUCCUCAAUCCAGCACCAAAGUUCAAAAGCGUCAAUGCUUUUUCUAUCUUGCUUCUUCAAAGUCCAGCUUUUGCAUCCAGAGAGUGUCAUGGGGGAAACCAUUAUCCAAACGAUUCUAAUCUUUGUAGGUAAAGACAGGUCACAACAUCUAAAUAUCCUUUCCAAGGCCAUUGCAACCCUACCAAGUGCUAGUCUGUGACAUAUUUCUUGACUGCUGGAUCCUUUAGUGUUGAUGGCCGAUCCUAAAAGACAGAAGCUAUCUAACUCUUCAGUGUCUUCAUUGUCAGUUCUGAGGCUGUUUGCUGUACCCAUUGUCAUUAGUUUAGUCUUUACGUUUAGUCAGAGUCGCAUUUUUUCACUGUGCUCCUUGACUUUCAUUGCUAGAGCUUGCAGAUCAUCCUCAUUCUUGGCUAUCAGAGUGGUGUCAUCACCAUAGUGCAGGUUAUUGAUGUUUCUUCCUCCAACUUUAAAAUCACGCUCGACUUCUUCCAAUCCAGCUUCUCUCAGUAUAUGUUCAGCAUAAAAGUUGAAUAAAUAAGGAGAAAGUAUACAGCCUUGUCUUACUCCUUUGCCGCUCUGGAAAUGGUGUGUUUCACCAUGUUCCGUCUGGACUGUGACUUCCUUUCCUGUGUAUAGGUUUCUCAUGAGAACAAUGAGAUGUUCUUAGAUGCCCAUUUUCCUAAGGACAUUCAACAACUUGACAUGGUCAACGCAAUCGAAGGCUUUUCUGUAGUCAAUAAAGCACAUAUUGACUUCUUUUUAGUAUUCUUUGGCUUUCUCAAUUAUCUAGCGUGCAUCAGCAAUUAUGUCUCUUGUUCCUCAGCUUUUUCUGAAAUCAGCUUGAACAUCUGGCAUUUCCCUUUCCAUGUAGGGCUCUAAUUUGUGUUGGAUGAUCCAGAGCAUUAUUUUGCUAGCAUGUGAAAUUAAGCACAUUGUGCGAUGCUUUGCACAUUCUGUUAGGUCUCCUUUUUUUGGUAUGGUUAUGUAAACUGACCUCUUCCAAUUUGUUGGCCACUGUGUCGUUCUCCAAAUUUGCUGGCAUAGUUUGGUUAGAGCCUUGACUGAUUCUUCUUCUGUUGCCUGCCAUAGUUCUGUAGUUAUUCCAUCAAUUCCUGUAGCCUUCUGACUUGGUAAUGACCGGAGUGCUGAUCUAACUUCAUCUUCCUGUACUAGAGGUUUUUGCAAGUAGGGAAUAUCUUCUAGAGUAUCUUGGAUGUAUCACCAAUAGAUUCCUUAAAUUCAAGUAAUGCUUUUUGUCCUGACAUUAUAAUGAAUACUUAUUUGGAGGUGGGUGGUGUAAUGUCACCAAUCAAAGAUGGCAGCAUAACCUGAGAGUUCCCCAUUCUGGUAUAUGAUAAAUACAGCAAUCUUUAUAAAAAGAGUACUAAAAAUGUACUCCAAAACUGGAGCAUAUCACAGAGAUCUCUACAAUGGUGAAAGUGAAAUCUAAAAUCAUAUUUGGGAUGAGACCUAACUAGCUGAGACCUAACUAGCUGACUCAGCUGAGGAAGAAAACCUUAAUAUUGCAGUAAUUAUCACAAAAUGGCUUUGGAACUAAUGGUCGAAGUCACAAACCAUCUGAAACAACUCAGACAAACUGAAAUGUCACUAAUGGACCAUUAGAGGACAAGAUCUGCAAUAUGUCUACUAAGCUUAUAGACACUGCAGCAACAGUUAAUGCAGCAAUGAAUUCAAACUGAAGGAAAAGAUCACUGCUCUCACUGGGGCUAACAACAGAACUGGAGCUAAAGCUGGAACGUUGGGGAAAUCACAGUUGGUGUUUGAAUCUCUGGAUAAAAGGAAGGAGGUUUUCUGGCUAAUUGGUUCACAGACCUUCUAACUGGCCUUUUCCCAGUCAGUUAUUUCAUUUUGCCUAACAGGAUGAAAUGCAUUAAAAUUAAGCUACUAUCAACCAGGGAGCCCUUGUAAUUUGUUUGGUGUCCACUAGGUGUCAUAAUAGCUUCAAAUAACAGGAGUUUACUUUAUAUUCUCCACAACUAAAUAAAUAAGAAAUAAAUAAGAGCUCUUGGAAUUCUGUAA